AUGGGGAUAAGGGAAGGAUGGUUUUCUGAGCCAUCUACUAAAAGGUUCUCUACCAAGAAGGAGAAGGAAGCGGCUGUGGAUGUAAACGUGGCUUAUAGCCAAGAAAGUGCCAAAUGUGCCCCAGCUAUACAGACUGCUCGGCCGAACGUUCAAAAAAAUCCGCUACCAGAGCAUGAUGGUACAGUGAAUGCUAUCCUGGAACCUGAAGUUGGACGGAUCAGGAAUUCAAAGGUGCACGUGGCAGAUGCCUACAACGGGCUAGUGAGAGCUGGGUAUUACCGAGGUCAGGAAGAUGUCCCUCUAUCGGUGAUGAGAGAAAGAGUUGCCAAAAUGGUAGAUGAUGGCAUCAUUGUGUAUGCUGAUCAUAACUGCAUAGUUUCUACUAUCUCCCACCUCAUCAUCGAUUGGGAGGAGGAGCAAGCUACACUUGAUGCUGACAAGAAAGAGGUUGAUCCUUCGCUUGAAGACAUGCCCCCAUUAGAGGAUGCAUCUGACGAAGAGAUAGUGAUAGAGGUGCCUCAGCCGUAUGAGUAUGUCACUAAUAAGGCAGUGCCUUGGUCUUAUGACCUGGAUGUGGACCUUGUUACAAGGUUUGGACGGACCUAUGGUCAAGCCAGUACUCAACCUGUAAAGCCGGUCACCGAUGAAGAGGCUAAGGAAUUUCUGGCCGUAAUCAAAGCAAGCGAGUAUAACGUGGUUGACCAAUUACGAAAGUUGCCCGCUCAGAUCUCCCUACUUGAGCUCUUGAUGACAUCCCCCAUGCAUCAAAAGUCACUAAUGAAGGUGUUGAGCGAAAUCCGUGUGCCAGAGAUCGUGGAAGCUGACAAGCUGGAAGAAUUCGUGGGAUCGGUCCUUCUCAAGGAUUUAAUUGCCUUCUCUGAUGAGGAAUUCCCUCUUGAAGGCAGGGGACAUAACAAAGCACUCUACAUAUCCGUUAAGCACAAGUCUUCUCAUAUGUCCCGAGUGCUCAUCGAUAAUGGGUCCGCUCUGAACAUUUGUCCGUUGGCCACUCUUCACCGCCUCAAGGUAGACCCGUCAAGGAUACAUGCUGCGAAAACUUCGGUGCGAGCUUUCGAUGGAACAAAAAAGGAGGUGAUUGGGGAAAUCCAUCUCGAUGUCCAAAUAGGGCCGGUCGUCUUCAACAUUCCCUUCCAAGUGCUGGACAUCCCUACCGCAUUCAAUUUCUUGCUAGGUCGUCCCUGGAUACACACUGCUGGAGCAGUACCUUCAAGUCUACAUCAAGCUGUGAAAUUUGUGAUCGAAAAGAAGUUGGUCACUGUGUAUGGUGAGGAAGACCACCGGAUCUAUCAUGAGACGGCUAUCCCCUAUGUAGAGUCGGAUUCCCAGGUUGAAUCAAGUUACCACUCAUUCGAAUUGGUGUCCACCAUACAUGCUUCUCGGGGUUCAUCACCGCCCUACCCCGAAGUAUCGAUGCUACUCUCUCAUGGUGGGAAGAGUAAUGGUCAUGAAUGGUUUCAUCCUGGCAAUGGUCUUGGGAGAAAUGGUCGAGGCAUUCGAAGCCCCAUUGAAGCCCCUCGAGGGUCCCGUUCUCUGGUUUAG